AUGGAUGUGCAUAAUGCAUUUCUCCAUGGUGAUCUUGAUGAGGAGGUGUAUAUGAAACUUCCUCCGGGGUUUCGUCAUUCUCAUCCUGGCAAGGUUUGGCGUCUUCGCAAGUCUUUGUAUGGUUUGAAACAGGCUCCUCGAUGUUGGUUCAAGAAGUUGUCCGAUUCUCUCUUACGGUUUGGCUUCUUCCAGUCCUAUGAUGAUUAUUCUCUCUUCUCAUAUACCCGGAAGAAUAUCGAGCUUCAUGUUUUGAUUUACGUGGAUGAUCUUAUUAUUUGUGGGAAUGACAGUUACAUGCUUCAAAAGUUUAAAGAUUAUCUCAGUCGUUGUUUCUCCAUGAAGGAUUUGGGCAAGCUGAAAUAUUUUCUUGGUCUUGAGGUUAGUCGUGGACCUGAUGGAUUCUUCUUGUCCCAGCGUAAGUAUGCCCUUGACAUUGUUGCUGAUCAUGGCGACGACCUUCGUACUCGUCCUGCGUACACUCCAGUGGAACAGAAUCAUCAUCUUGCCACUGAUGAUGGUCCUUUGCUUACGCAUCCUCGGUCUUACCGUCGUCUUGUUGGUCGUUUGCUGUAUUUGUUGCAUACCAGGCCUGAGUUAAGUUAUGCUGUUCAUGUCCUAGCUCAGUUUAUGCAAGCUUCGCGCGAAGCUCAUAUGGAAGCAGCCUUGCGUGUGGUCAGUUAUUUAGGAGGUUCGUCGGGUCAUGGCAUUUUACUUCACUCCUUGCCGGAUUUGACUAUUGAUGUUUACUGUGAUUCGGAUUGGAGUUCUUGUCCGAUUACACGUCGUUCGCUUAGUGCGUAUGUUGUCUUGCUUGGUGGUUCCCCUGUCUCAUGGAAAACUAAGAAGCAGAAGACUGUGUCACAUUCUUCCGCGGAGGCCAAGUACCGGGCCAUGUCGGUUGCUCUUAAAGAAAUCCAGUGGCUACGCAAGUUGUUAAAAGAAUUAGGCAUCGACCAAGCUGCGCCAGCUCGUUUGUUUUGCGAUAGUAAGGCCGCUAUUCAUAUUGCUACUAAUCCGGUUUUUCAUGAGCGUACAAAGCAUAUUAAGAACGAUUUUCAUGCUGUUCGUGAUGCGGUUCGUGACGAUUGUCAUGCUGUUCGUACGAAUGAGCAGCUUGCCGACAUUUUCACCAAAGCUCUUGGAUGUGAUCAGUUCCAUUACAUUUUGUCCACGUUGGGCGUUCGUGACCUGCACCCUCCAUCGUGA